CAAGAUCUGUACAAUGACGUAACCGGUUUUGAUGCACAUCUUCCACAAGACGUGGUUACCGUCAUAAUUGAGGAACUCUCCGAUCGCCCCCUUUUACGGGUGGUGAGCGACCGACUGAGCCAAAGCACGACACACCCAGACAGGCUUGCCGACAAGGCUCUUUCCCAUGACUCUAUUAGUUCAGAGUCUAAGUCAUGGCGCGAUGAAGAGGCAGUCCCGGGUACAAGUGCAGACAAGACCCCAACAGGGACAGAGGAGUUAGCCACACUGAGAGCUCUUCAGCCCAAGGUGGACCUCCUCGCACAACUGGCAGCUUGCUACACUGAAGAUGAGGAGGGAGAGGAGAGGGUGGAAGAUGACCUUGAAUCAGAGCAACAGUGGGAGGAGGAAGAAACGCUGCAUCAGAUCGAGGAGACCACUCCAGUCAAAUCCUCUCCAUAUUUGUGGAGCCCGUUGUGUUCAUUCACAGACACUGAACCAUCAAGUGUGGCUGUUGGAGGACUAUCAGCAUCAUGGGAAGCACAGACAUCACUUGAAUGUAUGCAAUUUGCAAUUUUUUUUAGGGUUUCAUUUAUUUCCCUUAAUGUCUACAAUUGUCUAUCACUUCAUUCCUUUCAUCUCAGUGAUCAUUUGUCUGGUGAAAGACCGUCUCCAAAUACAGUAGUCUAG